CUUAUUUCCAUGCUGAUUCUGACUGUGAAUCUAUGGAUUGUAAAUUGAGAAAACGGGAUUUUUUUGCGUGAACUCGAAAGUUUUCAUAAACAAAGGGUCACGUGACUAAACACAAGUGGUUCGACAUCUUGUUGUUCGACUUUGGCAACAAAAAUCUAUUCCCAAAGUGAUGGGUUUUUGGUCCUUUUUGCGCCCCGUUGGUAACUCUAUCACUUUAUUGUAAACAUUACGAGCUUAUUACUAGAGGMCUAGCCUAUAAUUGAAGAGGACGUAGGCUGAAAAGCUGAAACUAAAUUCCAUUGGGGCUAAGAUUUAAAUUGAGUCGACAAGUUUGAAGUUUCCCCGCUUCACUCAUGUCAGCGAAAUGGCGAACCGUACUCAUUCAAGACAGAAAAGCGACGACUCGAAGCUUGCUUUUGAGCUUGAAGAGGUUCAGUCCGAUUUGAGCGCAGAGAAUGUGGCGUUUUCACGGCCAAAGAUCAACUUUCGUGUCGCGCGAUGGGGAAGUCGGACACGAGAACGACUACUUUGUCUUAUUGGCAAAGUUAUAAAGAAAACCAACCUCACAGCCCUUUCAAUUAUUGUACUGUUUCUGGCGUUGGCCCUUCCUGUAGGCUUAGCUGUAAUGACUUAUUUAGUUUAUCCAGUAAACGUAGAUAUCUCGCUGCAAUCUUUUGAAAUUCCGAGUCAAAAUGCUUCCCUCAACGAAGAUGCUUACUCGGUGGCGAGAAGACAGUCCAAGUACUUCACGGAUUCGCUGUCGACCAGAGCUCGCCGCUCGGCAAAUCCUUUGCCAUAUCCUCAUUAUGAAAAGGGAAAAAAGAUUCAUUGGUAUAAACAUACCCAGUACAGAAGUAAAUGGAACGUAGACUUGAUUUAUUUGCCGAAGAAUUCAGACAAGAAUAUCUUCACUGUGGACACUUUGAACGCUGCGCAUCGCGUCGAGCAAAAUAUCAUGAAUUACCCCGGAUUUCUAGACUUCUGUUGGAAAUGGAAAAUGGUUCGUAUUGAUCCURUUUUAUCAAACAAAUACAACGCUUGCACACCGCCGAUUUCUUUAAUCGACUUCUUCUACCCAACCAAAAACUUCGGUGGGAUGACAUUCUUCGACGGUCAAGGAACAAAUCUCACAGAGCGAGCUAUGAAYAAGACCUUACAAUAUCUUCUCAGCAAGCAGUUCACGUACUGGUUUGUGGAUAACGGUUUCUCUGUUGAAAAUCGAAAGAGCUCUUUCCUGCGUGCUCAGAUCAAGUUUGGGUAUCCUCUAAAAGGCUACCAGCAUAGUGGGUACAGUCAUGGCGUUAUGCUUCAAGAGCAAAAGGCAAAAUUCGAGGCCUUCUUGGARAAAUUUGUAAAGUUCUUGGACACGCAGUCAACUGAUGAAGUCAAAGUCCUGUAUGGCGGACCUGAAAUAUUCGAUCAUCUUGUCAGUAAGACAUUGUGGAGUGACGUGGAGCUUUUUUUUUACACUUUGAUAAUAAUCAUUAUUUUUUUUUUUCUCCUGACCUCGUUCUCUCUUUUUUUUACCAUCUUUGGGAUACUUAGCAUUUUUUUUUCGUUCCUGUUUGCGUUUUUUAUUUUUUUUGUGAUUUUCAAAGUUCCCAGCCUUUUUUUUCUUAGCGGUGCUUCAUUGUUUAUUUUUUUUGGAAUUGGAGUCGACGACGUGUUUUUUUUUGUCAAUACAUUUGUCCACGCGAAUUUUUUUAAGGAUAUUAAGUCCAGGCUAAUUUUUUUUAUCAGUACCGCUGGUGGGGCUACUUUUUUUACCUCGUUUACUACUGCUGCUGCUUUUUUUGCCAAUUGCCUGUCUAAGAUUCCUGCCAUCCAUGACUUUGGUUUGUUUAUGUUGUUGGUCGUCAUUUUUUUCUGGUUCAGUGUGUUGCUUAUCAUUUUUUUAUCACUCUAUCUAUGUCCUCCAGAUCUGUGUUCCCAGGCAAGCAGCUGUCAGCCAGCAGCUAAACCAGUUCUUGGCAAAACUGUGCAUGUCAAACUUGUGUUUGGUAUCAAAGGCAUCAAUCGAAGUUCAGAUGCUAGUCAACAUGUSCUUGGAGAUAAGGGAUCAGUUAUCAUGGAUACAAAAUUCACACUUCUUUACCGUGAGCACAAGUCRAGAUUCAUCAGCUAUAUGUGCCAGAUAUGCACAGCUUUCUCAAACAACAAAGAACUCGUCAAAGAGGGUGGUUCCCAGUGCUUCCCGGACUGGCUGUGGCAGCUUCUUGAUCGAUAUCGUCUGAAGGAGUGCGAAGGCGUUAAGCCCUCUAAUACCGACUUAAAGGGAAGGUCGGACGCACACAUGUUUUACAAGAAUAUGGACCAUAUAAUCUACCGCAAUUCAUCAAAAGCAUUAUGGCUGAUGAUGACAUUUGAGACAACUAUAGACAAGGGGAUGUCCUCCACGGAGAUGCUAAUGUGGUAUUAUAAGUUCGAUAAGUUCCUAAAGGCACAAAUCAAGAAGAUAGGAGACGAAGCYCUUGAUUCUGCAUUCCACAGUUCAGAGUCCUGGGUCCACAUGUUCAUGGAGGUCAUAGCGAUCAGUGGUGCCAUAUAUGGUAUCGUAUUCUCAUUGUGUCUGUGCCUGAUUGCUGUAGUUAUCUUCACUGGUCACUUGAUGCUGUCAAUCAUUGCAAUUUUUACCAUAUUAGGUGUACUAUGUUUUGUGGUUGGUAUUUUCUACCUUGUGGAAUGGCAACUAGGAGCAGUCGAGGCCAUAUCCCUGUCAAUUCUUGUCGGGACAUCGGUGGAUUAUUGCGUACACCUUAUUGACGGAUAUAUAAUAUCUGGAAGAUAUGUACCAAGACAUCUUACAAGAAAUAAGAGACUGAAACGGAGCUGGCGAACAGCGGCUGCAGUUUCCCACAUUGGAUCUUCGAUACUAAGCUCUGCCAUGACAACCAUUGCAGCCUCAAUUCCUCUAUGUUUCACAACCAUCCAACUCUUUGCCAAGUUUGGUCAAAUCCUAGCUAUUAACACAGCCAUAUCUAUUGUGUAUACAUUGUCGUUUUCGCUAGCAUUUUUAACAAUAUUUGCACCCGCGAAAUUUAUACGCACUUGGAAGUCCAGGGGUAUAGCGGUCGUAGCUAUAGCUAUAGUUGUUGGCAUGGUGACCUUAAUUCUUUACAUCAUAAGCCUUAAAGGUACCCCCAUCCCAGGGCCUGAUGGGAAUCCCUUGUUUAGCGUAUAACGGGUUCCCUGUGUGAUAUUGUAAGGGUUACUUGCGAGCUAUCUGUUUUGUUUUUUUUAAGACAAUGGGUUCCCUGUGGAUCCUUUGACGAAAAGUCCCGGUUUUGAUACGGGACUGGUGUCUAUUUUAAAGUAAUGAAUCUUUUAACUGUAAACUAGAUGUACACACUAGAUUGUGCACACAUGGGCUUCCUGUGGUUYGUUGACCGAGAGAGACUGAAACGGUUUUGAAAUUAAAGCUUAGUAMAGUCUUUCGGUUGCCGGUUAAAUUUUAUAAGAGGAAAACGGGAAUUUUUUGUUAUUCGGGAUGCCUGUGGACAUUCGGUCGAGAGAGACUAGGUAGAAUAGAUUGUUUAACUAUCGAUGUAGUUGGAGUAAAGAAAAUUGUUUUAGUCUUUUUAAAUGCACCGCGAAAUAUAAAAAUAAARAAUAGUCUGUAUAUAGUGUUAAAAAAAAAAUUCCAAAUGGAGACGCUUUGAAUAUCCGACCACAGUAACUUUAAAUCUUCAAAACCUACAAAUUACAGAUUUUGUAAACUCAGAGUUAUGACUUGGGCUUCCUUUGGUCGGAAGCCGUUACGUAACCUGUUCGUUACGGGUUAUAACGUAAACGUAAUCAUACAAAGCGUCUACGUGUGGGUAUAGAAUCUAAGAAUUGCUUUUGUAUAAAUUUUAUUGCGAGUCCAAAGAUCUCUUGGGCUACCUGUGUUAACAUAAGGACGUKAUGAYGUGKACUGGAUAGUGGAUAGUGAUUUAGUGCRUCCACUCUAAUUAUUUCACRGGUGUWRAGUACAAACACAAAAAGCGUGAAAAAGUACUGGUGUGRUUUUUAUUAAACCGUGAAAUACACUUUAGCGUUCUGURAUUUCUUAUCUGACCAUACUUUAAUGUAGUUCUUAACAGCAAUGGUGUAUCACAUAUUWAAGCGGAACCUCGAUAAACCGGCCACAGCAGGGACAUCAGAGAGUACCUGUUUUAACCGUCGAUAACAAUGUGGCCGUUGAAACGGAGUAGUCGGAAUAAGCGGGGUGGUCGUAAUAAAGAGGUUCACUGUAUUAAACUCUAACUAUUAAAGUUUGUUUCACGGCUUAAUGAAAACCAGAGGACCAUUCGUCUUUUAGUCCUGUAAUGGGUCGCGAAAUUUUGUAGACGUCCACACGAUUUUCKACCAAAGUUGUGACCAACUGGGUUCAGUUUACACAAUAUUAGCUUAGCCAAAUUAUAUAGACAAGUAACAAAAUUGGAAAAUAAAAAGCACGCAUAUUAAAACUCGA